CAGAAAAGGAAGGCAGCGUCGAAGCAAAGCGGCUUGGGGUUGCAAGUCCCGACUUGUCCCCGCCCAUGUGAAGGGAACUUAGAACGGACCCUUGCCUCCCGUUCUACACCGGCGCCCGCUCCGGGGGCGUGCCGGAAGUGCCCUUACGGAACCCGGCGCGGCGGCGCCCGCCUCUUCACCAUGGCGACGGCGGGGGCCCCGCGGCGCUUCUGCCGCUGCGCCUGCUUCUGCUCGGAGAACUUGUACGUGGCGCGCUACCGGCUCCACGUGCGCUUCCGCGGCGAGGAGCAGCUGCGCCGCGACUACGGCCCGAUCCUGCGCGGCCGAGGAUGUGUCAGCCCCAAGGACUUCCAGCAGCUGUUAGGAGAGCUUGAGCAGGAGGUGGAGCGGCGGCGGCGGCUGGGGCAGGAGUCGGCUGCCAGGAAGGCCCUCAUUUCAAGCUCCUACCACCCCGCGCGGCCUGACCUCUACCACCCGCUGCAGGAUGAGGCUCUGGCCUCUGAGUUUCUGGCCGCAGCGGAGUACAGCGCGUCCCCGGGUGCGGACCUCAAGGGCCUUCUCCAGCGGCUGGAGACCGUGUCUGGCGACAAGCGUAUCUACCGGCUGCCGGUCUUCACAGAGCCCUUCUGCCGGGCCUUGCUGGAGGAGCUGGAGCACUUCGAGCGCUCGGACAUGCCCAAGGGAAGGCCUAACACCAUGAACAACUACGGGGUGCUGCUGCAUGAGCUAGGCCUGGACGAGCCACUGGUGACGCCGCUGCGGGAGCGCUUCCUGCAGCCACUGAUGGCCCUGCUGUACCCAGACUGCGGCGGGGGCUGGCUCGACAGCCACCGUGCCUUCGUGGUCAAGUACGCGCCGGGCCAGGACCGCGAGCUAGGCUGCCACUAUGAUAACGCCGAACUCACCCUCAAUGUGGCCCUGGGCAAGGCCUUCACGGGGGGUGCCCUGUACUUCGGGGACUUCUUCCAGGCACCUUCAGCCCUGGCCAGGCCCCUGGACGUGGAGCACGUGGUGGGCCAGGGCAUCCUGCACCGGGGGGGCCAGCUGCACGGGGCCCGGCCCCUAGGCACUGGCGAGCGCUGGAACCUUGUCGUCUGGCUCCGGGCUUCUGCUGUGCGCAACCGCCUGUGCCCCAUGUGCUGCCGGAAACCUGAGCUGGUGGAUGACGAUGGCUUCGGCGAUGGCUUCACUCGAGAGGAGCCUGCCACGGUGGAUGUGUGUGCACUGACCUGAGCCUGGUUGGGCCCCGGUGUGGGGGUGGCAUGGCCGGCGAGGGCUCUGCCCCUUUGGGUUGGACGGGGCAGGAAUAAACUCCCUGCAGCCCUCAUGCGCUUCUCAGUUCAAAAGGACACACAAGCCUUGGAGUCAUUCUUUCAGCAGACCGGCUGGCUUAGGCUGGGCGCGUCAGAACCAGAGCCUGAGCUGAGGAUUCGGGUGCAGGUGGUUUGUGGAGGGACCACCUUCAGAAGGACCGGGCAGGAAGGAGCUGGGCCACGAUGUGGUUUCAGAAGGCACCUAGCCUUAGCCCGAUCCCACGGAGCACAACGCUCUAGAGCAUGCAGGUAGCAGUUUGCCCCUUGCAUCGGUUAUUGGCUUACAGGUGUGUCAAGGCUGGGCUGGUGGGGUGGGUGGGGAGGGAGGUGGUGGUUCCCAGGGGCCCAGGGAAUUGGUGUCCAGCGCUUACCGCGGGGGGUUAAGAGCAGGCACUCUGGAGCCAGACUGCCUGGGUUCAAAUUCUGAUCCUGCCACUUCCAGCUGCGUGGCUGCAAGUAAGCCACUUGACCCCUUUGUGCUUUAGUUUUCCUUAUCUGGGAACUACUUCUCUCCUAAAGCUGUUUUGAGAGUGAAAUGAUUUAAUGUAUAUAAAGUGCUUUGUAACAGCCCUCUGUGUUUGCUC